CAGUUCUGACAUAUAUGUGUCCAAAUUUUUUUCUCUUCUCUAAAAUCCAACCGGAACAUUUAUAAGUUAACUUUCAAUCUUAACUCGACACAAUGGAUUCAGAAUUGGAUAUUAUAGAUUCGCUGAAUGCGCUUAAUUAUCAGGGCAAAUGUUUGAAGAACGAUGAAUUAACAAAAGCCGUUGAAAUUGGCAUACGUAGUGAGAGCUUCCGUGAAGUAGUGGUGUGGUUAGCAAAAGAAUUACACACGUUAAGAAAGACUGAUGAAACUGUCAGCGCUGAUGUAGAAGAUCCAAAUGAAUUCUCUAUGGAGUUGUCAGCCAUGUUAAAGGAAUUAAGUUGUCCUUAUAAAAAAUUUGUUACAGGACCUUUAUCUGAUCGAUUUGCAACUAAUGGGGAUAGAUUGCAGCUGUUGGAUUAUUUGGUUACUGAAUUGAUGGCAACUAAAAUGAGUUUACGUUUAAAGCCAGCAGAACAAACGUAUAUAAUCCCGAAAAGCGAAACGAACACUGCCCGAGCUCUAGAGAACCUUACAAAGGAUUUGUGCUUAGGCAAGCCACCAGAAAAUAUAGCACCUAAAGCAUUUUUCGACAAGCUUAACUUUAAGGUAGAAGAGAGGAUUAAAUCGACAAAAGCCGGUAUAUUAAAUGAACCUUUAAUGAGAACAACGAAAUCAUUGACCGAUGCCCAAUGGAAACAAUUAGAAGCUAUUCAUGAGGAUCUAGAUAAAGAGUAUAACUUGCGUCGACAAGUCCUGUUAACGCGUUUAGAAGUAACUAUACAAAGUUUCCAGUGGUCGGACAAGAUGAGAGCGCGAGAAAAUGAAAUUAUUGAAAGAUUUCAAAGUAAACUGAAAGACUUAGAAGCUUAUAAAUACGGAGGAGAUUCUACUAAUAUUGUUGCUCUGCUAGCUGCGCGAGCGGAUUUGGCCAUUAUAGAAAAGACAAGUUCCGCCAAUGUUCGAAAAAAUACCGCAUCUAAAAUUCAGAAACAUGUUAUAGGCAGUGUGCCCGAUCGAGGAGGACGUGCCCACGAACACGCACCACCUCCACCCGAAAUGCCGUCUUGGCAACAGCAAAGAGCCCCAGGUCCUGCUGGUGGCGGGGGUCGAGGUGGCCGCGGCGGUGGCGGUGGCGGUGGUGGUGGUGGCGGAGGUGGAGGUGGCCAUUGGCAACAAUUCGCUUCACAGCCACAACGGCAAUCGCAUCACCAACAACAAGAACAACAACAGCAUUACAACCACCAUCAACAGUUCGAGCAGCAACGUAGUCAACAUUGGGUUCAGGGGAGCGGUCGUGUUCAGGGAUCUGGGUGGGCACAAGGCCAAACGCAAGAUUAUAAUAACCAAGGUGUUGAUUAUAAUAACUAUCAAGGUGGGAGUAAUUAUCGUGGUGCUCCUUAUAGAGGACGGUCUAACUACAACCGUGGCGGCGGUGGCGGUCAACGCCGUUGAACAUGCAUGCCCUUCUGCAAGUCGCUGUUCAGUUGAAAUUCAUCAAACGUAUGAAGUGCAGCCAUACCCUACGUCCCAUACAGAAAUUCAACAUUUUGUGAUCCCCACAUAUUUACGGGGAUAUAUUCCAGACCAUAAAUAUCAAAUAAAUAAUAUCACUAGUAGUUCUAAAUAAUAAACAUUAAACCGCUAGAUGACGAGCGUAAAUUUUCGUUAUAAAAAAAAAAAAAGGAACUGGAGAAAACUCAUAAUUUUUGCAUGACAAACUGCAAAAGGCUACACAAGAACAAUAAAAUGAGCGAAUGGAAUCCAUCAUGUCCGAAUAAAUAACAUCUGAUACAUAUUUCUACACACUGAUUGAUCUAAGCAAUACAACAAUUAUGCGACGCGCUGCAAAAUUAUUUAUUCGUAUGGUAUGAAUUACUGUAGACUAUCUAUUUUACAUGCCAUUUCUCUUAGACUAUAUAGUAUUUCUAGAAAUACAUUUUUAAACUAUUGAAUCUCUGAAACAAUUAAAACCAAUGCAAAAUAAAACUAAAGCUUAGACCAGCGACAAUACGC